AUGGAGUCGCCUGUAGCUGCGAAUGGCGACGCCAACGCCGUUAUAGGCGUGGAGGGCUAUACGAAUAUAUACAAAGAUGCUUACACCAAAGGCUACGUGGAUGGCUAUAGUAAAUCAGACGUGUCUGCUAAAAAGCCAAUUGCUAUCGUCGGCAUGUCCUGUCGCCUGCCUGGUAACAUCAGCACUCCGGAAGAAUUCUGGGAGCUAUGCUCUCGAGCUCGAAACGGCUGGUCAGAGAUCCCAAAGGAAAGAUUCGACUCCAAUAGCUUUUAUCAUCCAAACCCGGGAAAAAGUGGUUGCCACAAUGCCGCUGGGGGAUGUUUUCUCAAAGAAGACGUGGGCUUGUUCGAUGCCCCGUUUUUCGGUCUGACUGCUUCCGAGGCAAUCUCCAUGGAUCCCCUACAGCGCCUCUUGCUCGAAUGCACCUUCGAAGCUCUCGACAAUGCGGGAAUUCCCAAACACCACAUUGUUCGGAAACAGGUCGGCGUUUUUAUUGGCGGUUCACCUUCCGAAUAUGAGCACCAGUUAUUUGCGGACACGGACACUAUUCCUAUGCAUGAAGCCACCGAACAAGCUCAGAAGGACAACGAUGUUAUCAGAGCGGUAAUUGCCGCCAGUGGUGUUAACCAGGAUGGAAGAACUCCUGGAAUAACCAUGCCGAAUGCAUCAGCACAAGAGUCCCUCAUGAAAUCCGUCUAUAAAAAUGCGGGCAUCUCCCCUACAGAUACUGGAUAUGUCGAAGCCCAUGGAACAGGUACCAAGGUUGGAGACCCACUAGAAGCAACAGCAAUACACAAUGUCUUCAGUGAAGGCAGAUCAGCCAGAAACCCUCUCUUCGUUGGAUCUGUGAAAUCAAACAUCGGCCACUUGGAGGCUGCAUCUGGCAUCGUGUCGGUGAUCAAAACAACAAUGAUGUUGGAGCGCGGGUUCAUCCUACCUAAUUACGACUUCAAAAAGCCAAACGAGAAAAUUCCCUUUCCUCAAUGGAACCUGAAGGUCCCCGUGACCCAGCGGCCGUGGCCGAAACAAAAGCGAUUCGCAAGCGUAAACAACUUCGGAUUUGGAGGCACCAAUGCUCACAUUGUCCUUGAGCAUGCACCUUUUGUGCAAGAUCAACAGGUCCCAUUAGCAGAAUCAGCAGUUCAAUCUAGAAAGCUCUUUGUUCUCUCUGCCCAUGACAAAAAUACUGCAGAAAAGUUGAUGAGCAACCUCACCAUCUACCUGGAACGGAGACCGGAAAUUUUUCAAAACGAUUUAAUGAGCAACCUUGCAUACACUCUUGGCCAACGACGGUCCCUGAUGCAGUACAGAGUUGCCAUCUCAGCCACAUCGUCAUUCGACUUGAUCAAGGCGUUGAAUAGCGGAAAGAUUUCUCCAGCCCAGGCAAUGGAGGCACCUAGUAUCGGGUUUGUUUUCACAGGCCAAGGAGCUCAGUGGAAUGCAAUGGGCCGUGAACUAUAUCAACAGUUCCCUGUAUUUUCAUCGGCUAUUGACGCGUGUGACAGAUGUCUAGUCUCAUUUGGCGCACCAUUUUCCCUCAUCGAGGAGCUGAACAAAGACGAAUCGACGUCGCGCGUCAAUGAAGCGCAUAUCAGUCAACCCGCAUGCACAGCAAUUCAGCUAGCUCUGACCGACUUACUCCGAGCAUGGGGAGUAUCCCCUGCUACCGUUACUGGCCACUCGAGUGGUGAAAUUGCGGCGGCUUACGCAGCUGGUAUUUUGCCUCUUGAAUCUUGCAUCGCACUUUCAUACCAUCGGGGCAUGGCCACUAUAGAAUUGGAGAAGAAGUUCCCUAAGCUCAGGGGCUCCAUGAUGGCGGUCGGCUGUAGUGAAGAGGAAAUCAUGCCAUUAUUCGCCCAAUUAACCACCACCGGAAAGGUUAAUAUCGCAUGCUUCAACAGUCCAAGUAGCUUAACAAUCUCAGGGGACGAGCCCGCCAUUGACGAACUUCAGGCUCUUUUGCAGACAAAGGAAAUUUUUAACAGAAAGCUUCAUGUCAACAAGGCCUACCAUUCUCACCAUAUGGACUUGGUAGCUGAAAGCUAUCUACAAGCCAUCCAAUCGCUCGAUCUACCCAAAUCGACUGACAUAAAGUUCAGCUCUUCUUUAUUCGGACACGUCGUCGAUGGUUCAACGAUUGAGCCUUCUUAUUGGGUAGAGAACCUGACAAAACCAGUACGGUUCACGGAGGCAGUAACGACUAUGUCCGAGCCAGCGAAUGGUAACAAAACAGGCGUCGAUAUUAUUAUCGAGAUUGGACCUCACUCUGCGCUCGCGGGGCCGGUUAAACAGAUCUUGAGGGCUAACGGUCCUGACGCUGCCAAAAUAUCCUACGGUGCGACCCUCGUUAGAAAUAAAGAUGCGGUUGAAACGAUGAUGGACUUGGCGGCUAUGUUGUUUGUCAAAAGAGUUACUCUUGACUUGAGUGCCAUCAAUAGUCCAAGGCCGUGUGGUUCACCUGAGUUACUGGUGGAUAUGCCUGGUUAUCCUUGGAACCAUCAAACAAGAUACUGGCACGAGUCGCGCUUCGUGAAAAAGCACAAUAAUCGACAAACGCCUCGCAACGAUCUCAUCGGAACAAUAGCCGAUUACUCCAAUGAUCUGGAGCCAAUUUGGAGAAAUAUCUUGCGUAUUGAUGACCUUCCUUGGCUUCGCCAUCAUAAAGUUCAGUCUCUAACCCUGUUCCCAAUAUCUGGUUUUAUCGCAAUGGCAGUGGAGGCCGCAUCUCAAAAAGCAACUCUACGGAAUGCGGAGUAUGAUGACUUCGUUCUUCGUAACGUUGCUGUCAUCAAGCCAUUGAUGAUAUCAGAGAGCGACGUUGAAGUGACUCUUCAGCUGCGGCCUCACCAGGAGAGCAGUACCCUUGUCGCUUCUAGUGUCUGGGACGAGUUCCGAAUUCACUCGUGGACGGCUAGCAAGGGCUGGACAGAGCACUGUAAAGGAUUGAUUGCCACUGAAUCUAGGGGUCGCGACGAGGUUGAUGGUGAUGACAAUGCCGAUGAUCUAUUGCGCGCAGCUAUCACCAAAAUUACAAGUGCUCAACAAACCCCUGUGGAUAAGACCACGGUGUACAACUCUCUCUCUGAGCUUGGAGUGUCAUAUGGACCCAGUUUCCAAGGCCUGAAUAACUGCCAAAUCAACGAUGAAUGUUCCGUGGCCGAUAUCACGGUGAUGGAUACGGCCGAGGACAUGCCAGACGGAUACCAGACGAGCAUGGUCAUUCAUCCGACGCUACUAGAACAACUGAUUGAAACAUACUGGCUCACUCUUGGAGCAGGACAGACUCCCAUGGACACAAUCUACCUCACUUCGUCUAUUGGGAGUCUACAUAUUUCCCGGGACAUCGCGAAUAUCACAAACACGCCUGGUAACACUCUACGAGGGUUCUGUAAAGGGGUUCGACCGCAGUCGCACUUCAAACCCGUCCAGAUGUCGAUGUUUGCGACUACAAGCGACUCCAAGCAGGUGAUAACCCUGGAUGACUUGACAAUUUCUCCUAUCCCGAAUAGUGAUAUGACCGCCGAGACUGAAGGCCCUUAUAAACAGCUCUGUUACAAGCUGGAUUGGGAACCCAUUCUCCAACCAUUGAACAGUUUGAACUCUGACAGCCUUCCAAACGGACAUACUUGUGAGCCCCCGAAUCAUGUAAAUGGUGUCACAAAUGGCAUUACGAACGGAAUCACAAAUGGCGUCACAAAUGGAGUUACAAAUGGAGUCACAAAUGGAGUCACAAAUGGAGUCACAAAUGGAGUCACAAAUGGAGUCACAAAUGGAGUCACAAAUGGAGUCACAAAUGGAGUCACAAAUGGAGUCACAAAUGGAGUCACAAAUGGAGUCACAAAUGGAGUCACAAAUGGUACAACGAAUGAUUCGUACGGCUUCCUUGGGGGAAAGCUGGCAAUUGUCCACAGCGGUUCAGAAUGCCAAAAACCCCUUGUAUCAGAGUUAUCCUAUGAAUUGGAGCGUUUGACUGGGGCCAAGCCAGAGGCUGGCACUUUGACGGACCUGGAUACUGAUAAAAAGGUCUGCUUGUUCCUACCAGAGCUGGACAAGUCUCUGCUACCAUCCAUCACAUCCACUCAAUUCUGUGCAUUGCAGAAGAUGCUGACGGGUGUUGAUGGAAUUCUCUGGGUUGUGCGAGGUGCAUAUGCCAAUUCUCAGAAUCCUGAUGCAAACAUGGUAACCGGACUGAGUAGAAGUAUUCGUUCGGAAAGGUUGCUUAAGUUUGCAACUUUAGAUUUGGAUUCAGAAUCUGUUCUCAACACAGAAGACACCGUCAAAGCAAUCCUUGAAGUUUUCAAGGCUGCAUUUGGUCCUGAGGCUAAGCUGAAUUGCGAAUUGGAAUUCAUAGAAAAGGGAGGAAGUUUCUUCACUCCCCGUGUCAUCGACGAUUCUGAUAUGAAUGCAUACGUGGGCAAGAAAGCAAAGGGAUCUUUCCUCGUACCUACACGAUUCUUCCAAGAUAGCCGCCCAUUGAAGCUGACCAUUGGAACAUCUGGCAUGCUUGAAACUCUGCAUUUUGUCGAUGACUAUUCAACAGAAGAACCUAUACCAGAUGAUGAGAUUGAGGUAGAGGUCAAAGCAAUAGGUGUGAAUUCCAGAGACGACACCAUUCCAGCGGAACAGGUUGAGCGUGGUAUCUUCGGCAUCGAGUGCAGUGGCAUUAUCACGAAGGUUGGAAACACCGUUUCCAACUUUAAAGUCGGAGAUCGGAUUGCCUGUGUCUCAGUCUCCCAUGGUGUUUACUCGAACUACACUCGAACAAAAGCAGGGUUCGCGUUCCGGAUCAACGACGAUGUGUCUUUCGAGACAGCGGCUGCAAUACCCGUAGCUUAUUGCACGGCAUACUACGGGCUAAUUCAGUUGGGACAGCUCCAGGAAGAUGAAUCUAUAUUAAUUCAUGGCGCUGCCUCCCUAGUUGGCCAGGCUGCUAUUUCGCUAGCUCGGAUGAUAGGAGCGAAUACAUUCGCUACCGUUGAAAAAGUCGAAAACAAAGAAGUUCUUAAGAACAUGCAUGGCUUACAUGACGAUCAUAUUUUUUCAAGCCGUGGACUUCUUUCUGGUCACCACGAGAAAAGGGAAUCCCGGUUCGAUGUCGUUUUGAAUUGUCUUCCCGCCGACAACGGCACGGUUACCAAACUUUGGGACAGGCUGGGCAAUUUUGGUCGAUUCGUCGAGAUUGGCCAGCAAAAUUCCAAUAUCAGGCUGGAGACGACUGGUAUCGCGAGCAACAGGAGUUUCAUGUCAGUCGAUUUGAUAUCCGUGGCCGUUGAGAAGCAAAAAUUGAUGAAGCGGCUUGUUUCGAAUGUGUCUGAACUUGUGAAUGGUGGCAAGAUAAGGCCUGAUCUUCCCAUUCAAACUUUCCCGAUCUCGAAUGUUGAGUCUAUAUUCAAGCUCUUGAAAGGGGGACAUCAAGAGGGCAAGUUGGUUAUUUUGCCUCAGCCAGAGGAUGAAGUCAUGGCACCUCCUUCGAAUAAGUUAGAAAAGCUGCUCUCCGCAGACGGUUUAUACAUCUUGAUUGGCGGCACUGGUGGCCUAGGCCGAAGCAUGGCAAGAUGGAUGGCCGGUAAAGGAGCAAAGAAUAUUGUCCUUGUUUCUAGAAGCGGAGCUUCAUCUGGAAAAGUAAAGCAGUUGAUCGACGAUGUUGCAACAUCUGGGGUGAACAUCCUAGUGCAGCAAUGCGAUGUCUCAGAUGUCGAAUCAGUGAAGAAACUCAUCGAGGUUGAUUUGGCUAGCAUGCCUCCAGUCAAAGGUGUCAUCCAUGGUGCCAUGGUACUUCAUGAUGUCUUGUUCGAAAAAAUGGCCUACCACGAAUAUACCGAAGUUGUUAAAUCCAAAGUGCAAGGCGCCUGGAACUUCCACCACGCUCUGAAUGCUGUACCUCUCGACUUCUUCGUCGUACUCUCAUCCGCCGCAGGCACGGUUGGAAACCGAGGUCAGGCAGCGUACUCUGCAGCCAACACAUUCCUCAACGCCUUUGUCCAACACCGCAUCACUCUAGGCCUACCUGGCUCGUCCAUUGACCUAACCGCGGUUUCCGAUGCAGGUUACCUUGCAGAAAAUCUCGAAGCUGCUGCCGAAGUCGCGCGGAAUCUUGCAAGCGAUACGAUAUGUGAAGCAGAAGUGUUGGCACUACUUGAAGCCGCCAUCGAUGGAAACCUGGCUCUCACUUGCAAUAGCCAUACUAUCACGGGGCUUCGCAUCACAAACCCUGCUCCAUUCUGGACCGAUGAUGCCAAGUUCAAACACGCUCGUCUAGCAGCAGAGGCUGCAGCCGCUGGUGGUUCGGACGGGCAGGCUGUGGCGUUCUCUUUCAACGAUGCUCUCAGGGCAGCACCAUCUCUUGAAGAAGCCCGAAAUGUAGUGUGCAAUGGCCUAAAAAACAAGAUAUCGUCGGUUCUGAUGUUGGAAAUUGAGGACAUGGAUGUUACCGCCUCACUAUCAAAUUACGCUUUAGAUUCGCUGGUGGCGAUCGAAGUGCGGAAUUUCAUCACAAGGGAGUUCGAGGCCAACCUGCAGGUCUUGGAGUUAUUGUCUAGUGGCUCGAUUGAGACAUUAGCGCAGGAAAUUUGUACGAAGAGUAAGUUAGUUUCUUUUUAG